CUAAACCGCGGAUUUACAAUCAAAACAAAAACCAUAAUAAUAUGAUCACCUGACGUUGUACGUUUAGUGCUAAAGUUUUUAUUUAUUUAAAAAAAUGAUUUUUGUAAUUAGCAUACACUGAUACACUGUAGUUUUUAUAUAAUAUUCUAAUGAAUUUCAUGUUCGGCAAUAGCAACUAGCAGUUUUGUUAUAGUCUUGAGUCUGGAAAAUGUUAUGCUUCGUGGAACUUGUCUGGUACCUAACUAAUAGGACCUGCAUCUAAACUGUUAUUACCCACCAAACAUUUUUGGUCGAAAAAAAUAAUUUUUGAUAGGUACAGCAAUAACUAUGGACGCAGAUGUUGAUUUCGCUUGGAUAUCCACACAAGCUGUUGUAAGUACUGAUAUCCAACCGGACAACGAACAAGAAAAAAUUAAUGAUUAUGGAUGCAGUCUAAAUGGUAUGAUUGACAAUGGACGUUAUGUACUAAAAGAAGGCGAUAAUACAAUUGGACGACAUCCCUUAAAUGAUAUAUACAUUGAACAUCCGUCGGUAUCGAUGAACCAUGCUGUUAUUCAAUGUGAUUCUGAUGGUGUUGUGCUAUUAGAUAAAGGAAGUUUAAAUAAAACUAAACUUAAUAAGAAAAACUUGAGGAAAGAUGUUGCUUAUUUUCUUGAAGAAAAUGCUUUAUUGAUGUUUGGAGAAGUCCAAGCUGAUUAUUUUAUAAAUGGAGAAUCUAAUGAAUUUAUAAAUAAUACCAAAUCAAUUGCAUCAAAUAACACUUCUACACAUAAAGAAACUCAAAAUGAUGGGCUUUCCUUAUCAACAUUGUCUAACACAGUCAAUGUUUCAGAAUCUCUUCAAACAGACAUACCUAAUGCAAUUACUGAUUGUAAUGUGUCCUCAAUAAUUGAAAAUAGUUCUACUUGUAUGAUAGAAAAAGCAAUUCCUCAGACUAUUACAGAAUCUAAAUGUCCUGUGAAUACUUUUGAUGAUGUACACGCAGAAUUAAUUUCUUCAAGUCCCAGUGAUGAAUAUUUAUUAGAGGCUCUUAGCCAAAUAGAAACAAUGCAAAAUAACAUAGAUUCUAAUAAAAUAUUUCAGAAUUUAUCAAAUAAAGAUACUUUGAUAAUAAACACAACAGAAUCUAUACCCAAGGUAACACGAGAAGAUACUCCCAGUCCUGUAAUGGAUUUAAAAAAUUCUAUUUUAACUACCAACAAUAAAACUAAAAGUCUCUGUCAAUCACCUAACAAAAUUAAUAUAGAAGCAAUCCGAGAAGAUACUCCUAGUCCUGUAAUGGAUCUCGAAAGUUCAUUCAUUACUACAAACAAUAUAUCAGGAAGUAUAUUUCAAUCUUCCGACAAAAUAAAUACAGAAUUAAUUCGUGAAGAUACUCCUAGUCCAACAAUGGAUCUUGAAAAUUCAUUCGAAACUACAAACAAUAUACCAGGAAGAAUAUUUCAAACUCCCAACAAAAUAAAUACAGAAUUAAUUCGAGAAGAUACUCCUAGUCCAAUAAUGGAUUUUGGAUGUUACAAUGAUUCUGAAAAUAAACUUGAAACCAAUUGUCAUGGUAUAAUUUCUGCCAUUCAGUCCCCAAAUAAAGAUGACGAAUUAAAUAACACUCAAGUUGUAGAAAUAUCUAAUUUUAAAUCUGAAAAUUCUUCUAUUUCAAUGAAUCGAUCAUUAAUCCAGAAACAAAAUACAUCUAUGAAUAAUAUAUUUUGUAAGUCCCAGAAAGUUGAAUCUGGUGAUCAAUCAAAUCUUACAACUACAAAUGUAUUUGAUAUUCACAGUAAUGACAAUUUAUCAUAUUCAAACAAUAUUAAUUCAAAUAAAAAAUCCUCUGUAAAACCAGCAGAACACUUAAAUGGAAUCCACAAUGAUGGUCUUAACAAUGAUUCUAAAAAAAAUAGAUCAAUGUUAACAAUACCUAAUUUACAAUCUAACACUGAAGGUAAUAAUACUAAUAAUUAUAACAUAAAUUUUAAUACUUUUGAAGCAGAUGAUGAUGAUAUUUUCAGUAAUUUCAUUGAAAAUGAAAGUAAAUCUCAGAAACAAAAUUUGAAUGUACUUGAAAAUCAAGAUCUUUUUAACUCUCCAACUCAAAAAAAAACAACUGAUAAAAAUAUAAAUUUAAAAUCAAAUGUAUCUAAUGAAAUACAUAAAGAAAAAACACAAGAAAUUUUAGAAUUCCCUAAAUCUGGUAAAGUUAAUUUAAAUUUGUCAACAAAUUAUUCAACUAGUAUACAUGAAGAAUUAACACAGAUCCCUGAUAUGGAUGAUGAUUUUUUCAACUGUCCUACACAAAAAUAUGCAUUUCCUAAAAAAAAAAAUGAAAAACCAAAAACAUCUACCUCGAUACACGAAGAAGAAACACAAAGACCUUCAGAGCUUGUACAGUUCAAUAAAACAAAAACUAGUAUCUCUGACAUGGAAACAGAGGUACUUAAAAUAGAUAAUGAGGACUUUUUUGAUUGCCCAACACAAAAAUUGUCAAUUACUAAAAAUACAAAUCCAAAACCAAAAGUAUCUUCUACAAUACAUGAAGAAGAAACUCAAGUGCCUGAAAUUCACGAUGAUUUCUUCAAUUGUCCUACACAAAAAUAUGCGUAUCCUAAAAAGAUAAAUGAAAAAAAAAUAAUGUCUUCUUCAAUACAUGAAGAAGAAACACAAAUGCCUUCAGAGCUUGUACAAUUCAAUAAAACAAAAACCAGUUCUUCUAAUACUGAAACAGAGGUUUUUAAAAAAGAUAAUAAGGAUUUUUUUGAUUGCCCAACACAAAAGUUGUCAAUUACUAAAAAUACAAACCCAAAACCAAAAGUAUCUUCUACAAUACAUGAAGAAGAAACUCAAGUGCCUGAAAUGCACGAUGAUUUCUUCAACUGUCCUACACAAAAAUAUGCUUAUCCUAAAAAGAUAAAUGAAAAACCAAACACAUCUUCCUCGAUACACGAAGAAGAAACACAAAGACCCUCAGAGCUUGUACAAUUCAAUAAAGCAAAAACUAGUUCUACUAAUACUGAAACAAAGGUUCUUAAAAUAGAUGAGGACCUUUUCAAUUUUCCAACACAAAAAUUGUCAGUUACUAAAAAUACAAAUCCAAAACAAAAAGUAUCUUCUACAAUACAUGAAGAAGAAACUCAAGUGCCUGAAAUGAAUGAUGACUUUUUCAACUGUCCUACUCAAAAACUUUCAGUAACUAAAAAGAUAAAUGAAAAACCAAAAACAUCUUCCUCAAUACAUGAAGAAGAAACACAAAGACCUUCAGAGUUGGUACAAUUCAAUAAAACAAAUACUAGUUCUUCUAAUACUGAAACAAAGGUUCUUAAAAUAGAUAAUGAGGAUUUUUUUGAUUGUCCUACUCAAAAAUUGUCAAUUACUAAAAAUACAAAUCAAAAAUCAAAAGUAUCUUCUACUAUACAUGAAAAAGAAACUCAAAACAUUUUUGAAUUCUCAAAACCUAAUAAAAAUAAUUUAACUGUGUCAAAAGAUAAUUCAACUAGUAUACAUGAAGAAGAAACUCAAGUUCCUGAAAUGGAUGAUGAUUUUUACAACUGUCCUACUCAAAAACUUUCAGUAACUAAAAAGAUAAAUGAAAAACCAAAAACAUCUUCAUCGAUACACGAAGAAGAAACACAAAGACCUUCAGAGCUUGUACAAUUCAAUAAAGGGAAAACUAGUUCUACUAAUACUGAAACAAAGGUUCUUAAAAUAGAUAAUGAGGAUUUUUUUGAUUGCCCAACACAAAAGUUGUCAAUCACUAAAAAUACAAUUCCAAAAUCAAAAGUAUCUUCUACAAUACAUGAAGAAGAAACUCAAAACAUUUUUGAAUUCUCAAAACCUAAUAAUAAUUUAACUGUGUCAAAAGAUAAUUCAACUAGUAUACAUGAAGAAGAAACUCAAGUUCCUGAAAUGGAUGAUGAUUUUUACAACUGUCCUACUCAAAAACUUUCAGUAACUAAAAAGAUUUAUGAAAAACCAAAAACAUCUUCAUCGAUACACGAAGAAGAAACACAAAGACCUUCAGAGCUUGUACAAUUCAAUAAAGUGAAAACUAGUUCUACUAAUACUGAAACAAAGGUUCUUAAAAUAGAUAAUGAGGAUUUUUUUGAUUGCCCAACACAAAAGUUGUCAAUCACUAAAAAUACAAUUCCAAAAUCAAAAGUAUCUUCUACAAUACAUGAAGAAGAAACUCAAAACAUUUUUGAAUUCUCAAAACCUAAUAAUAAUUUAACUGUGUUAAAAAAUAAUUCAACCAGUACAUAUGAAGAAGAAACUCAAGUGCCUGAAAUGGAUGAUGAUUUUUACAACUGUCCUACUCAAAAACUUUCAAUUCCUAAAAAGAUAAAUGAAAAACCAAAAACGUCUUCCUCAAUACAUGAAGAAGAAACACAAAGACUUUCAGAGUUGGUACGAUUCAAUAAAAUAAAUACUAGUUCUUCUAAUACUGAAACAAAGGUUCUUAAAAUAGAUAAUGAGGACUUUUUCAAUUGCCCAACACAAAAGUUGUCAAUUACUAAAAAUUCAAAUCAAAAACCAAAAGUAUCUUCUACUAUACAUGAAAAAGAAACUCAAAACAUUCUUGAAUUUUCAAAACCUAAUAAAAAUAAUUUAACUGUGUCAAAAGAUAAUUCAACCAGUAUAAAUGAAGAAGAAACUCAAGUUCCUGAAAUUGAUGAUGAUUUUUACAACUGUCCUACUCAAAAACUUUCAGUUUCUAAAAAGAUUGUUGAUAAACCAAAAACAUCUUCAUCGAUAUACGAAGAAGAAACACAGGUGACUGAAAUGGAUGAUGACUUUUUCAACUGUCCUACUCAAAAAAAUUCAAUUCCUAAAAAAAUAAAUCAAUCAUCAAAUGUAUCUACUAUAGCAAAUAAAGAAAACUCUCAAAAGCAUCUUGAGUUUUCAAAACUUAAUAAAAUUAAUAGUAAUAUUUCCAAGACUGAUUCUACUAAUAAUCACAAAAAAUUUGAUGAGUGUACACUUAACAAUCAUAAACAAACUGUUGAACAUGACAAUGAAAACACAGACAAGGUUCAAAAAUCAAAAUGUGUUAACUCUAAUAUAAUUAGACUAUCAAAUGUCCAACUACCAGUUAUAUGUAAAGAGAAUUCCUCCAAUAGUUUAAAAGUGAAUAAACCAAAAAUUCGUGUAAGAGAAGAUUUAUGUAUAUCAUAUUCUAGUAAUUCAAGCAAUUCUAUGGUCUUAUUAAAUAAACCGAUUGAAAAUACUGUAAUGAAUAAUAUAAAUACUACAGUGCCUCUUAAUAAAAAUUUAAAUUCGCCCAGCUGUUCAAAAAGUCUUACUGAUGGAGAAAAUGUUUUAAACUUGUUAUCCUCUAUUAAGCAAGAACAUUUUAGUGAUAAUUCUGCACAAUCUCGAGGAUCUAUUUCCAAUAAAUUUAAUGAUCGAUUGAAACGAAUGGAUGAAUCUAUAUUUAGCCCAUUAAAUAUACCUGAUAUAAGUGCAGACUCAUUGUCAAAACAUCAUUCAUCUCCCAAAACUGUUGAAGAUAAUUUAAAUUCCUUAAACUGUGAACCAUCUACUUCUAAUAAUGAUGCUUCUAUUUGGAAAUCAUUUUGGAAUAAGAAAAAAGUACAAAGUCAGGUUAAAGGAAAAAGCGAUAAACAAAAUAAUAUCACACAUGAAGUUAAGGAAAAUAAAGAACGGUACCAGACAAGAGCAAUAACUAGAAAAGAAAAUGCAUCAAAACUUAAUAGAAAACGUAAACAGGACGGUGAUGAAGAAAGCAACAAAAAAAUAUGUACCAGAAAUAAAAUAUUAGAACCAUUAGUUGAAAAUUCAUCGGAAAUCGUUGUUAGUUUUAGUUAUUUGAAGAGCCGCCACUUGCAAGAAAUGAAACAAUUUGUUGAUAAAACAGGUGGUUCAGUUACAGACGAGAUUACACAAUGUACAGUGUUAGUAACAGACAAGAUACGUUGCACAAUGAAAAUACUGUCGGCAAUAGCUAGAGGAUGUCCAAUUGUUAAUGUCAAUUGGCUCAAACAUUCUUACACUGUUAAGAUGUUUCAAGAUGCAAACGAUUUUUUAAUUGUGGAUAAAGAUGCAGAAAGAAAAUACCAAUUUCAACUAAAGGAGUCAUUAGCCAAAGCCAAGACAAAAAAACUCUUAGAAGGAUAUAAUGUGCUAGUUACUCCAUCGGUGAAACCUGGUCCCCAAGAAAUGAAAGUGAUUAUAGCUUGUGCUGGUGGCAAUUAUGUCUUGAAUUGGACAGAUACCCAAUGCACAAAGGAAUUGAUUGUGACAUGCGAUAAAGACCGCAAUCGAUGGAAGCCAGCAUGGGAUAAUGAUUUUGCCAAAAUAAUAGACAGUGAUACUCUUGUAACGUCGAUUAUUAGACAAAAAUUAACUAUAUGAUGUUAUAAGUUACCUCUUAUUAAAAGCUGUACAAAUUAUGUAAUUAAAUGUGUAUAGUCACUUGUUAAUAAGUUAAUAUGAUUUUAUAUUACAUCUAAACCAAUUUUAUCUGUACUAAAUGCAGUGAAACCUUUACAUAGUGGACAUCUGUGAAGAAUUACUAAAUAUCUACUAUCAGAAGAUGCUAUAGAGGAAAGUUUUAAAAUAUGUACACAUGAUAUAAACAUGUGUACUUUUAACAAAUGUGUUGUAUAAAAUGUUAGUUAUUAUUGAAAUGUAUUUAUUAUAAAUAUUUUUGUAUAAUGUAUUUAUCUACAGUAAAAAAAAAAUUUUUAGCUAAUGUUUUAUAUUUUUCUUAAUGUAUUUGCAGAUUAACCACUGUGGAUAAUCCAAUUGCAUCUUAAUUUUUUUAAAUUCUAAAAUAUAUAAAAAUAAAAUUAUAUUUUGACUA